UGGCCUGGGUGAAUGAGGAUGAAGAAGGCCCUGGAGCUGUCCCAGAACAGCAGCUAGAAGAGGUGGAGCAGUUCCAGCCACCACAGGAGGGUGAGUGGCAGAGCUAGGCCACAGGGCUGGUGCCUUCAAGGCACAACUGCAGGACUUGAUGACCUGGAACUUUUUGGAGGCGUAUCUCUGCAAGUACCCUUCAAUCCAGUCAGUGACAUGGAGCAGAGACCCCCAACCGUGCCCAAGCUGGCCUGGGUGAAGGAGGAGGAGGAAGAAGGCCCUGGAGCUGCCCCAGCACAGCAGCUAGAAGAGGUGGAGCAGUUCCAGCCACCACAGGAGGACCCAGCCGUGGACCCGACACAAGAGCACGACCCCGCCCGUGGCCGCUUCCGCAGAACAGCGCAGAUGGUUUGCAAAUUCAUCAGGAGCAUUCGGGAGAAAGAGACCAGCGUCAUGGGCACUGGGGUCAUACCAUACUCAGAGGUCUUCAAAUACGAGACCAGUGCCGCCCUGCUGGAUUUGCUUGUGAAGCAGGGUGUUUCCAGUCCAGAGCAAGUAAGCAGCAUGUGGCCAGGGUUCAGUUCCCCCAGGAGUCACAUGGCUUGCCAAGCCACGCCUGCUGGUCACUUUAAGCCUUUGAGGCCAUCCCAGUGUGGUGGGAAGGGAAGCAGUUCUCUGGGGAAGCUGGGGGACAUUACUCCCUGUGGCAGCUUCCAGCUCUCCCCGUACCUUCUCCAGGUGCCUGCCAUGGUGAGGUUCAUCCACCGAUGGCUCAUGGCCAAUGAGCCUGCUGAGCACAGGCUGGACAAUACCCUGCUGGAGCUGACAGAGGCACAGCCAGCUGAUGUAGUCAUGACUCUCCUGCGUGUGGCCCCAUUGUGUGACAGGUAUGGGGCCCACCUGCCCAAAGGGCUCAGGGCUCACCAGCCCAUCACCCUGUGGAGCCUGUCUCCCAGGCGCGUGACAAACGGAGAGUUCCAGGGCCCUCUGGCUCCUCCAUUUUCCAGCCGUGGCAUGUCAGCCCCCAAGCCUGCUGCCAUGCUCCCUCCCUGCCCCUCAGGGGCCGGUGCCCACAGGGGUGGGCUGCCUGGGUGCUGCUGGUGAAGGGCCGUGGGCAGAAGCAGAGCUGGCAGUCAGCCCGGGCCCCUACAGCUGCCCAGGCCACGGUGCUGUGGCUGACACCCCCCGACACAGAGUUCUGACCCCACAGAGCUGCUGCGACCAUGUGGACGACAAUCAUGUCCUCGCCCAGGACUGCGGAGCUGGCGCAGCUGCUGCUCCUCGAUGUGCUGGGGAGCUGGCCAGAGCACAGCAUGCGCACCUCCGAUGGCGACGACACAGAUGUCUUUGCCCUGGCUGUGAGUUUCUGGAACUGGCCUUUGCUCGCCCCCAGGCCACCUUCCAUCAGCUCUCCAUCCUCCUGCCCCCACUGCGUCUCCCUGCCUCAGGCGCUGGGCUGAAACCUGGGCUAGGGGCAGGUUCAGGGGCACCAGGCCAGGUGCUCCGCCUACGUCUCCCCUGG